AUGAAUUUUGUUCGUGUUUUAUUCUUUCCAGUGAUACUAUUUAACAAAUUUUGCCUCUUGGAAAAACUGUAUGAGAGGUCAGUGGUGCCUCAAGCGGCGUCUCGCGCCGUGGCUAGAAUGGACGGGGACAUUAUCAUAGGAGCACUUUUCUCUGUUCACCACCAGCCUUCCGCUGAGAAAGUGGCCGAGCGAAAAUGCGGAGAGGUCAGGGAACAGUACGGAAUUCAGAGGGUGGAGGCGAUGUUCCACGCGCUGGACCUGAUCAAUUCAGACCCUGAACUCUUACCAAACAUCACAUUGGGUUGCGAAAUCCGGGACUCUUGCUGGCACUCUUCAGUCGCUUUGGAGCAAAGCAUCGAGUUCAUAAGGGACUCUCUCAUAUCCAUUAGGGACGACAGGGACGGAUCUAAGUGGUGCAUCGACGGGCCGCCUUCGAAUCAACCUCCUGCAACGAAGAAACCAAUCGCCGGCGUUAUUGGACCAGGUUCGAGUUCGGUGGCGAUACAAGUUCAAAACCUACUACAACUCUUCAAUAUACCCCAGAUUGCUUACUCUGCCACCAGUAUUGACUUGAGUGACAAAACGCUCUUCAAAUACUUCCUGAGAGUCGUGCCCUCUGACACGCUUCAAGCCAGGGCCCUUUUGGAUAUAGUCAAACGCUACAACUGGACGUACGUGUCUGCUGUGCACACAGAGGGAAACUAUGGGGAGAGUGGGAUGGAAGCGUUCAAGGAGCUGGUUGCUCAGGAGGGCCUGUGCAUCGCUCACACGGACAAGAUCUACAGCAACGCCGGAGAGAAGCACUUCGACCGGCUCCUUCGGAAACUGCGAGAACGGCUGCCCAAGGCCAGGGUGGUGGUGUGCUUCUGUGAGGGGAUGACCGUGCGCGGUCUGCUCAUGGCCAUGCGCCGACUCGGGGUGUCCGGCGAGUUCCUGCUUAUCGGCAGUGAUGGCUGGGCGGACAGAGAUGAGGUGGUGGAGGGCUAUGAGGAGGAGGCUGUGGGUGGCAUCACCGUAAAGCUACAAUCAGCCGAGGUCACCUCAUUCAACGACUACUUCCUGAAGCUGCGUCUUGACACCAACACCAGGAACCCUUGGUUUGCAGAGUUCUGGCAACAUCGUUUCCAGUGCAGACUUCCCGGACACCCACAGGAGAACACAAACUUCAUAAAAAAUUGCUCAGGUGAUCUAGAGCUCCAAGAUGGGUAUGAGAACCUGGUAGAGAACUACGUUCAGGAUAGCAAGAUGGGCUUUGUCAUCAAUGCCAUCUAUGCCAUGGCCCACGGUCUGCACGACAUGCAUCGCGAGUUCUGCCCUGGGCACGAGGGCUUAUGUGAAGCCAUGGAUCCAGUGGAUGGCAGUAAACUGCUUGACUUCCUGCUCAAGACCUCCUUCGCUGGCGUGUCUGGAGAGGAGGUGUGGUUUGAUGAGAAUGGGGACACUCCCGGCAGGUAUGACAUUAUGAACCUGCAGUAUGUGGAUAAUGAUCAGUAUGACUACAUAAAUGUGGGUUCCUGGCACGAAGGCAUACUCACCAUUGACGAAAAUGCAAUCCAGAUGAACCACAGUGAGAUGGUCCGCUCUGUCUGCAGUGAGCCUUGCUCCAGGGGCCAGAUCAAGGUGAUCAGAAAAGGGGAAGUGAGCUGCUGUUGGAUCUGCACUGCUUGCAAGGACAAUGAGAUUGUGCAGGACGAGUUCACCUGCAAGGCCUGUGACGUUGGCUGGUGGCCUGACAUGGAGCUGGAAGGCUGUGAACCUAUUCCCUUGAAGUACCUGCAGUGGAGUGACCCAGAGUCCAUUGCGGCUGUGGUUUUCUCCUGCCUGGGCAUUCUGGUGACCAUGUUUGUCACUUUCAUCUUCGUGCUGUACCGCGACACCCCUGUGGUCAAGUCCUCCAGCCGUGAGCUCUGCUAUAUCAUCCUGGUGGGCAUCUUUCUGGGCUACCUCUGCCCCUUCACUCUCAUAGCCCGGCCCACCGUGGUCUCCUGCUACCUGCAGCGCAUCCUGGUGGGCCUCUCAGCUGCCAUGUGCUACUCUGCCCUGGUGACCAAGACCAACCGCAUCGCCCGGAUCCUUGCAGGCAGCAAGAAGAAGAUCUGCACCAGGAAGCCACGCUUCAUGAGCGCCUGGGCCCAAGUGGUCAUUGCCUCCAUCCUGAUCAGCCUACAGCUCUCCCUGGAGAUCACGCUCAUCGUCCUGGAGCCGCCCGAACCUAUCAGGGCCUACCCAAGCAUCAGAGAAGUCUUCCUCAUAUGUAAUACCAGCAACAUGGGGAUGGUGGCGCCCCUGGGCUAUAACGGCCUACUCAUUCUUAGCUGCACCUAUUAUGCCUUCAAGACCAGGAACGUCCCGGCUAACUUCAACGAGGCCAAGUACAUCGCCUUCACCAUGUACACCACCUGCAUCAUCUGGCUAGCAUUCGUGCCCAUCUACUUUGGCAGCAACUACAAGAUCAUUACCACCUCCUUCUCAGUCAGCCUCAGCGUGACAGUUGCGCUGGGCUGCAUGUUCACUCCCAAGAUGUACAUCAUCAUCGCCAAGCCGGAAAGGAAUGUGCGCAGCGCCUUCACCACCUCUGAUGUAGUGCGCAUGCAUGUUGGUGAUGGAAAGAUCACGUGCCGGACCAACGGCUUGCUCAACAUGUUCCGCAGGAAGAAGAAUGCCCCGGGAAAUGGCAGUUCUAAUGGAAAGUCUGUGUCCUGGUCUGAAGCAGGUGGGAAACAGCCUCCUCAGGGGGAACAAAUGUGGAACAGGCUCUCUGUGCAUGUGAGGAGGCCAGAGAUGGGCUCAAAUCAGACGGCAGUCAUCAAGCCCCUCACUGAAACACAGCACAACACGGCCCUCCUACAGUAUUCAGACCUCAGCCCCAAAACAGUAUACAGUGUGCCCGAGGAGGACAAGGGCGAGGGCCCUGGGUACAGUCAGCCCGCCAGCCCCCCCCUCCUGGUCCCCCACCUCCGCCCCACCAGUGCCUCAGUGAAAGAGGGGGGGAGGGAGCUACUGAUGUUUUCGCCUGACCUUUUCCAGAACAGCAUGUUCCCACAGCGUGUUGUCAUGGACCACCUCCAGGGGGUGGUGGACACCUUCGGCUCUGCAAUCCCGGACCUCCAGGAUGUGAUCCCUCUUCAGCACCUGGCAGGCAGGGCCAACCCUGUCCACCCGCCCCACCUCCUCCUGCCCUUGGGCCUCCCCCUACAGGCAGCCCCCAUUUGCGAUGAGCCAAUCACCCCCUCUGAGGAACUGGUGGGAGGAGGGUUCGGCCUGGAUCAUGGGUACGUGUUUGACAGUUCCCAGAUCCAUCAGGUGGAGGAGGAGGAGGAGUGGGCAGGGGGUGUCAGGCUCACCCUUGAGGACUCCCCUACCUUAAUGCCCCCUACCCCAUUCAAAGACUCACUGGGCUCUGGCACAUUUGCCCCCAGCUCCCCUGUGUCUGAAUCGGUGCUAUGCACACCCCCAAGCAUGACCUAUGCUGCCGUAAUCCUUAGAGACUACAAGCAAAGUUCCUCCACGCUGUAA